AACAUAUCUACUCCAUUUAAGUUAAGUUAUUUAUUUAUAUUUAUUUUCUUACAUCUUCUCUGCAAGUAACAUGUCUAAAGCAAAUAUUUUAAGAAGACAUGUACUUCUGGAGAAGAACAAAGUUGUAAAGGAGAGGGAGAAGACGAACAGUAACCUACACCUCAAACGAAUUUACCCAAUUGGCCUUCACAAGAGCACUUCAUCUCUAUCCCUAUCUUCAUCAUCAUCUUUGUCAUUCUCCUUGUCGGAGAACUCGUAUGAUUCUUCUCUCACCGAUUCUACCUUUCCACUGGAUCAGAAGAUUUCCGCGGCGUUCCGCUUCAUUGCACCACCACCUCCAAGAAGAGAGUAUAAUUCUCCAGUGGCUAAACUUGCCCAGCAGCAGAUUAGUCUGGCUCAGGAUGCUAAUGAUGGGGAGUUGAGGAGGUGCAAUUGGAUAACAAAGAAUAGUGAUAAAGUUUAUGUAGCGUUUCAUGACGAAUGCUGGGGAGUUCCAGCAUACGAUGACAAUCAAUUGUUUGAGCUGCUUGCACUGUCUGGUAUGUUGAUGGACCACAAUUGGACUGAAAUUGUGAAAAGAAGGGAGCUUUUCAGGGAAGCGUUUUCUGGAUUCGAUCCGAACAAAGUUGCAAAAAUGGAGGAGAAAGAGAUUGCAGAAAUAACUUCCAACAAAGAAAUAAUGCUGGUAGACAGCAGAGUGAGGUGCAUGAUAAACAAUGCCAAAUGCAUAUUGAAGAUUGUGAGGGAGUUUGGAUCUUUCAGCAGCUACAUUUGGAGUUAUGUGAAUCACAAACCAGUCAUAAACCGAUUCAGAUACCCCAGAAACGUUCCUCUGAGGACCCCGAAAGCAGAAUCCAUGAGCAAGGAUUUGAUCAAGAGAGGGUUUCGAUACGUUGGACCGGUGAUUGUGUACUCGUUCAUGCAGGCUGCAGGGUUGACAAAUGAUCAUCUGGUGGAUUGUUAUAGGUACAGUGAAUGUGUGAACCUUGCAGAAAGACCUUGGAGACAUAUCUAAUUAAAUCUAUUUAUUUGACGUAAUCUGAAUUAUGUACCAAAUAUAUAUUCUUUAGAUGCUUUUCCAGUGUAAUAAAUUAAUAAUUUGAAUUAUGUAUUUAAUUAAGUUAUAUUCUGCAGCUCAUUUUAUGUUUUCUUUUCCUUGUAUAAGUAUGAACCAUGAAGAUUGACCUGAAACACAUAUGUACUCCAAAAGAAUGAUAAUUUGGUUGGUGCAGUAUAAAUAUAUAAAUCAGAUUAAAGAGAACAGACAGAUACACA